AAAUUAUAAUAGUAUAUAUUACGAAAAAUACCGUUAACAAAAAUUAGCAUGUUCAACAUGCAUUAGUGAUUGAUCGAGAGACGAAAAAGCCUGAACACAAAAAAAUACAGUUAGAAUUCCACAAAAAAAUUAACUGUUCUGCGCCAAAUCUGCGAUCAAACAUACGCCGUUACAGUUAGUCGUUUCUGUGCUCGUCUAAAAUACCGUAACGAAAUGCCUUCAACUGCUAAAAAACAACGUAACAAGUCCCGGUCCAGUCUCAAACGCAAUGAUGGUCGCAACAGAAAGAAGGAGAAGGAGGUGCGCGAACUCUGGUUCAAUCCACAAGCAACGAAGAUGGGCGAGUCGCAUGGCACGAUGCAAGACUGUGAUUGUAAGUGUCAAGUGUUGCGAAGCGAGAAAGUGCAGCAGGAACUGCGUAAGUUAUCGAAAAUUUACUCUCAAACCGACGUCACGGCAGCGAAGGCUGACGAGGGGAAGGCGAGUAGAGGUGGCUUUAGCUGUUUUAAAAAAUCCAAUUCAGCGAAACGUGCCGAGAAAGAGAAUACGGCGAAAAGAAAGUCAAAGGAAAGAGAUGCCUCAAGAAAGGAGCAUGAGAAGCAACAUCGUGUACGAUCAACGUCUGCGCUGCGUAGAUUCAAGACACGCGAAGAAGCCAAACGUUAUAGAGAGCUCAAAACAAUUUAUACCACAAAACCACGCAACGAAGUGAAGGAGACGCCGCCCAAAGAGAAGGAAACGGCGACAAACUGUUUUAAGAGGAAAAAAGACAAACCAAAAGAUGGCGGUACGAAAGCGCAACUCGAUAACACAAGCGAAGAAUCAGUUUACAGUGUCGAGCAGGCAAAAGUACAUGAAUCACGUAAGUGCGAGCCACGAAGUGCGGCUGCCAAAUCCAAACCGAUGCGUGCUAGCAGCAGGCAACGCGCGCAAUCGCGCUCGCGUGCAGACAAAAGCAAUAAAAAGCAGGCGAAAAAAUCCGAAGUGGGGUGUUGCGGUAUGCGUAAGAAAUCGCAUGUCGACAAGGAGGAGGAGGAAUUUGAAGCUUACAAAUUGGCGCAAAGCAUGCCUGCGCGCACAAAAAGGCAAACAGCGUCACCGACCGAAUGCCCCCUGACGCCGGAAGAAAUUGAACUGCUGGAAAAGUUGAAAGAAACCUACUCAACAGAACCCAAAGCGAAAGGUGUACGAAAACCGCCACCGCCGCCACCAGCAGAAGAGGAGACCGGCUGUUGUGGCGCCAAGUCAAAAAAAAAACAACGUCGGCCAACGGACGAAGCGUACGCGCCUAGAAAGACAAAAUCAGCCGACUUAAAUGUAAGACGUAAAAAGAAGCCCAAAACUGGCAGAAGCAAAUCGGAUAGUUCAUUUUAUGGGCGGAAAUUUUUCAAAUUAACGAAACCGCGAGUCAGCUUUUGUAUACCCUGCACGGGGCGGCGCACCAAACAUGGUAAGCGAAUAAAGCAAAUAUACAAAAAACGUAAGAAAGACAAGGGAAAAGCAGAAGAAACGAAGACAACUGUAGUCUACGAGCAAACUCAGCCCUCGAAGGUAAGAGUCCAAGACGCGCAUGGUAUUAGAAAGGCGAAACCAAAAGAAAAGACGCAACCAAAGCCUUCGAAAACGAAGGUACAGGAGAAAUUACAAAAGCAGUUAGAUGUUUCGGAAAAGAAAAUAGAAAAACCGCUAAAGUCCCCAGCUCAAACUCCGAAGAAACCACUGAAAAUUGAUAUCCAAGAAAAAGUCGAAAAGAAAGUCUCAGAUAAAGCGUUUACUAAGAAGACAAAGGAAAAGCAAGCCUCAGAUAACGUUUUUACUAAAAAGACAAAGGAAAAGAAAGUAGUAGCACAGAAGCAGACACAAAUGAGACUGGAAGUGGCGGCAGAAGAAGAAGAGAAAGCGUCUUACAUGUCAUGCUGUUCUCUCAGCGCAAAACACAAAGUAAAGAAGGAGAAACCAAAAAAAAUUUUAGCGACGGAAACGCGAAAGAAACACAAAGACACCGAAAAGCUUUCAAAGAAGCCAUCUAAAAGCUCAUGUUGCUCAGAAGUUAAAGAGAGUUUACAGCGGAAGUUAGCUGCCUGGCAGCAGCGACCUGCGACGGCGGAGAGCAAAGUUGAGGUUCAAAAGAAGACUUCCACAACGUCAUACUGUUCAAACUUCAAAACGGGCUUGACGCAAAAACUAGAUAACUGUCAAAACAGAUUCUUGAAAAUGUUAAGCUACGCUAAGAACGACAGAACAAAGCAGAGACAAGUUAAAAAACCCAAAGAAGCCAAGCAACAGCCAACUCAAGCCAACUGCUGUGCCAACAUUAAGGCAGACUUACAAAAAAAACUAGAGUCUUGGAAAACUCAGACGACGCGACACAAAGCACAGCCUAAAGUCAAAAAGAAAUCUUCAGAAACAGCCUGCUGUAUGAGUUUAAAGAAAGAAAUGCAUGAGAAAUUAGACGCUUGGCAAAAACAGAAAGCCGCAAAGGUUGGGAGCAAAGAAAAGUUGGCAAAGAAACCAUCCGUUACGUCUUGUUUUUCUUGCUACUCGGCGGAAAAGUCGAAGGGAGUGAAUAAAUCACGAAGAAAAAUAGUGAAACCAUCGAAGAAUGUUGAAAAAACACCAAACCCCUUAGAAACACUCUGUGCACUAGGCAAGCAUGUAAGACCAAAAGCUAAAAUCAUGCCUGAAAAGCCGACAACGCCGACAAAACAGGCAAGUCCAACUCGAAAAGAAGCAACGAAACAAACAAGUCCAACAAGAAAGGAGCUCAAACAAAUGAAAACAAAAAACGAAAUCCCAGAAAGAUCAUCACAAACAUCUUUUCACACCUGUUGGGACUGGUUCGAUGACACCGCUGAGCGGGUGCGUGCACCAGUCGGGCCAAAAGAGACAAAGGAAAAUGCGCCGCCCAAAAGUAAAACUUCAGCCACUUCAUUUUUGACCUGCUGUUCGGGUUUGUGUCUACCCAAAAAAUUCAGAGAACAGCCAUACCGAAAAUCGAAGCGGAAAACGGCGACAGAAACUGGAAAACGCGAAGAAAAAGAAGUGGAAGAAGAAAUUAUCGAUAAGCCAGCGAACAUGUCCUACUGCACGGCACUUUAUCAGGAAUUUGAAAAUCUAAUUAUGCAACAACAACUGUGUCCCAUACUACUCUCCGAAACAAGUGUCGCGAAGCGAACCAAAGGCAGCAGCAUGAAAUAUGACUUCAACUAUUGUCAACAGCACUUUUCGAAACCCUCACUCGGCAACACGGGCAAAAGCAGCACGCAAACGAAAGCCAAAAAGCAUCAAGUGCCGGAAACGGCACAAAAGGAGAGUAAAGCAGCCGAAAACAAUAAACUAAAGUCGAAAAUUAAGGAUAAAGAUAAAAACAAUGAUGUAGAUAAUGAAAAUCAAAAGAAAAUCCAACAAGCACUCGGUGCGUCAUACAAUAAGAGAACCCUGCUUCAACGAAAGCACAGGCAGCAACAGACACCUCAAGCGUCGAGCGAAAAGUCCACCAGCAACUCAGAGAUGCAGCCAACGGUGUAUGUGCCUGAGUAUGUGCUGGGCAAACCGCCGCAAUUGGGCAUGUCCUUAGCACAUGUCCGGCAUAUACCCUACAAUCUUGUCAUAAACAGUUACGGACGUAAAAAGUGUGAGCGAAAUUUUUCGAAAAAUUAUAUUUACGGUAUUGGUUGUCAAAAUUAAGCAACAACAACAAACAACUACAACUACAUAUGUGACCGCCAAGCAAUGCAAGUUGCAAAUGUGACUGUGUGUAUGUGCGGAAGGUCUCGUGUAGAAUGUGGGCUUUGUGUUAAAUUUGUCGAUUAAAAUAUUUGUAAAUAAUUUUUUAAAAAAAAAAAAAAAAAUAAGUA